AGCUUCUGAUUCUUGGCAUUCAAACACAGACAGCACAAUGUCAGAGACAAAAGAACACUUCAUCCUGUUCCCAUUCAUGGCAGAAGGCCAUAUAAUCCCUUUCUUGGCUUUAGCCCUUCGACUCGUGGAGAAAAAGGGUUGCACCAUAACCUUUAUCAACACCCCUCUCAACAUCAAGAAAAUCAGUGCCAAGCUCCCUCCAAACCCUUAUAUGCGCCUUGUUGAAAUCCCUUUCAACCCCACCGACCAUGGCCUCCCUGCAGAUGCAGAGAACACCAACUCUCUUCCUUACCAUCUUAUCCUCAGUCUUUUCGAAGCUUCUGAUUCCUUUAAACCCAUUAUAAGAAAACUCAUCCACAACAUUUUCCACGAAGAAAAUGGUUGUCCUCCACCACAUUGUUUUAUCUCCGACUUGUAUUUUGGGUGGUGCGCCGAUAUUGCCCACGAGUUUGGCAUGUUCCACACCAUGUUUUCCGUGGUUGGAGCCUUUGGCAUGGCUUGUUAUUUCUCCAUUUGUCUGAACUUUCCGCAGAGGAAAGCGGAAUCUGAGGAAUUCACAUUACCUGAUUUUCCUGAAGCAUCUACUAUUCACAUAUCACAGCUCUCACAAAGUCUUAAGGCGGCUGAUGGUAACGAUGCUUUUUCACGGUACAUGACAAAACUGAUUCCUCAGUGUCUGAAUUCCGAUGGAAUGUUGGUUAAUACGGUGGAGGGACUUGACACUAUUGGACUGGACUACUUCAGGCGAAGGUUCAACAAGCCGAUUUGGGCAGUGGGGCCACUUCUUCUACCUCCAUCAGGCGAAAGGCGAGUUGCGAAAGACUCUCAAAACUCUCCAGAGUUUAUCACAAGUUGGCUUGAUUCGAAACCUCCCAAGUCUGUGUUAUACAUAUCCUUUGGGUCGCAGAAUACGAUGUCUAUUUCCCAGAUGAUGCAACUAGCUAUGGGAUUGGAUGUUAGUGGCAAGAAUUUCAUUUGGGUUGUCCGACCACCUAUGGAGUAUGACAUAAAUUCAGAAUUCAACUUCAAGGAAUGGUUGCCAGAGGGAUUUGCACAGAAGAUUAGAGAUCAAAAGAGAGGGCUGAUUCUGGAUAAAUGGGCACCCCAGAAAGAAAUCCUAUCCCAUGAAGCAACUUCCGCCUUCUUAAGUCAAUGCGGAUGGAAUUCAGUGCUGGAAUGCCUUAUCCACGGCAAGCCUUUGAUUGGGUGGCCAAUGGCAACAGAACAGUUCUACACUGCUAAGCAAAUGGUAGAGCAAGUUGGGGUUUGUGUGGAGGUGGCAAGGGGGAAGACCUGCGAGGUUAAGCAUGAAGACAUAGCUGCAAAGAUUGAGUUGGUGAUGAAUGAGACCGAGAAAGCUGGGAAAACAAUGAGAAGGAAAGCUCUUGAGGCCAGAGAAAUUCUUUUUGAUGCCCUGAAAGAUGAGGAUGGUUAUAAAGGGUCGUCUGUCAAAGCCAUGGAUGACUUCUUGAGCGCUGCAGAGUUGAUGAGUGACGAGACAGAGGGGACCAAACAUUUGAAGAGCCUCAACGAUGAUUAGUUUCAGAUAUACAAUAAAAUCAAGGGGUUUAAGAACCUGGGAAUGGAUGAUCGAGCGAUUUAAUUUCAAACUAUAUUUCUUUCGGCUUUAUCGUUUAAGGCAGUAAAAUAAAAUGCAACAUUGCAACUCUUCGAAGGUGCGCCUCAAAGAAUUUAAUUGGGUUUAUAUCUUAAUUAACUCUAAUUUGGUCAGUG